AUGGUUCGUGAGGCAACGCAAAGUCAACGGAAGCUCGACGAGUUCGACGCAAGUGAAGAUAUAUUCGUUCCCAUGGCCCACGACUCAAACGCCGCCGAUACCAUCGAACUCUAUCCUAAGGCGAUCGACAACUGGAAAAAUGCCGGCUGGAAGGAACAGCUCCCGUGGGCGUUUCUCAACGACUUCCAGGUUGAAGAAUCAUAG